GUUCAUUCCCAGAGCUCAGGGAACCUGGACUGAAGACGCCAACUUGUAGUUAGUUACUCUCCUACUCUUUAGAGGCUUCCUGACCUCAAGCCAACCUCAAGCCAAUCACCAUGACAUCUCCUCUGUGCUGGGCAGCCGGGACCUAUACUGUGACUAGCCAGGAGCAAGUUCCGACUCCGUCUUCCAAAGUCAAGGGCAGUAAGGUUCAGGGCCACCGAGGCAAAGCUUUGGGCCGGGCACAGGCCUGGCCUGCACAGCGUCUCAAGUCGGGAACUUCCUACCAUUUGAUGAAGUCUUCCAUGCAAGCACAGAUGCUUGAGUUACAAAGGAAAAUCCAGCUGUUAGAGGGUGACCGGAAGGCCUUUUAUGAGAGCUCCCAAUGGAACAUGAAGAAGAACCAAGAUACUAUCAGCCAGCUUCAAGAGGAGACCAAGGCUCUCCACAUGCAGUUAAAAGACCUGCUUCAGGGAGAUUCCAAAGUGGUCCAGGCAAUCAUUCAGGAAUGGAAGUCAGAGAAGCCUUACCUGAAGAACAGGACUUGUGAGGAGGCCCUGGAGCACCUGGAGCACCAGCUGAGGGAUAAGACGAACCAGCUGAAUGCUUUGCGACACCAGGUGACGCUGCGACAGAAGCGUCUGGAGGAGCUGAGGACGCAGCACAGCCUGCACCAUCUGGAGACGACGGAGGUGCAAGACAACAACACAGAGGCUGCCAAGACCAUGCGCAACCUGGAGAACCGGCUGGAGAAGGCCCGGAUGAAGGCAGAGGAAGCAGAGCACAUUACCAAUGUAUACCUGCAGCUCAAGUCUUACCUCCAGGAGGAGAGUCUCAACCUGGAGAACCGGCUGGACUCCAUGGAAACUGAGGUGGUGAAGACCAAGCAUGAGGUAGUGGAGCUGAAAGUGGUGAAUCAAGAGGCUCUAAAUGCCCGGGACCUCGCCAAGAGCCAGCUGCAGUACCUGGAGGAGACUGCCAUCCGGAACCGCAAGAAGCGCGAAUACUUCAUAACGGACUGCAAGAAGCGGGCGGAAGAGAAGAAACUUCUAACAGAGCGCAUGGAGCGCAAGCAGACGCACCGAGAGCAUGUCCUGCUACAGUCAGAAGAUACCAUCCAGGACCACCAGCGGCACAAGGAGGAGGAGCUGAAGCAGCGCUGGGGCAUGUACCAGAUGGAAGUGAUGUUCGGCAAGGUCAAGGAUGCCACUGGAGUGGCUGAAUCGCACGCGGUGGUGCGAAGGUUCCUGGCCCAGGAUGAGACCUUCACGCAGUUAGAGACUCUCAAGAAGGACAAUGAGCAGACGUUGGUGAGGUUGAAGGAGGAGAAGCAGCGGCUCCAGAAAGAGCUGGAGAACCUCAAGUAUUCCGGGGAUGCCACACUGGUGAGUCAGCAGAGGCACCGCGACUCGAUGCAGGAGACACUCAAGAAGGAGGAGCAGCGACGCAAUGUCAUCCAGGAGCAACUGGAUCGCACCUUGCGAACUCUCCAGUUGGCCAAGGACUGCCUGGAGCACUUGGCCAGCAAACUAAACCACGUGAUAGUGGAUAAUAGCCUCUUGGCAGGAAAGUUAGACCCGGACACAGAGGACUAUGUGUCCAAUCUGCUGGUCGUUGUCGAGGAAAAGUUGCUGAAACUACAGGGGCAAGUAGAGAGCCAUGACAUACCAGAGAUGCUGCGACACAUCACAGAACGAGAGUUCCUGGCCACGUUAGAAGGAAAACUGCCCCUCUACAACACCCGCAUCCUUCUGCCCGUUGCCAGUGUCAAGGACAAGUUCUUUGAUGAAGAGGAGAGUGAGGAGGACGACCGUGAUGUGGUGACCCGCGCUGCCUUCAAGCUUCGUUCCCAGAAAUUAAUCGAAGCCCGCAGUAAGAAGCGCAGUAGGUCGCGCAGGUCCUAGACUGGCAGUCACAUCCCUUCGGAUGCCUCCUGGCCUCUAGGGAGCCCUCCCACCCUCUGGAGCUACCUACCGGUGUGGCCUCGAGGCUCCUUCAAGGGCUGAAGGAGGCUUGACGUGGGAGCACCUCAGGCCGGCAGCGCCUGGAGGAGGAAAAAGGUUGAGCCAGAA